AUGUCCGCACCAAACAAUCAGGCCGCUUGGCUCCACCAAUCCAACACUGCCCUUGAAGUAGGCGACGCCCCAAUGCCAGUCGCAGGAGUUGGGGAGCUCGUCAUUAAGAAUGCUGCUAUUGCUAUCAAUCCACUUGACUGCCACAUGCAAGACUCUGGAGUUUUUAUCCAGCAGUGGCCUGCAAUCUUUGGUUGCGAUGUGGCCGGAGAGGUUUAUGACGUUGGCCCUAGUGUUGAGAACUUCAAGAAAGGCGAUCGAGUCAUUGGCCAUGCUAUCAAUCUGUCCAGCGGGCGACCCCAGGACGGAGCCUUUGCACUGUACACUGUUGUCCCUGCAGAAAAAGCGGCCAUUCUCCCCGACACUAUCGCUUUCACUGAUGGCGUGGUAGUUCCAUUUGCAUUGGAGGCAGCUAUAUGCGCACUAUCACUCAAGGUCCCUGGUGUAGCCAUGCCCGGAGUCGCAACACCGGCUCUUGGUCUGCCGUAUCCUUCGCUGCAGCAGGCUCCCCCUUCUGGCAAGACUCUUGUUGUGUACGGCGGCUCAUCUUCUGUUGGAUCAAUGGCCACCCAGUUGGCUACGGCCGCUGGACUUCGAGUCGUUUCCGUGGCCGGAAAACACAACCUUGCUUUCAGCAAAAGUUGCGGCGCGACCGACGUAUUUGACCACAAGGACCCUUUAGUCGCCAACAAGGUAAUUGAAGCAGUUGGUCAGUCCAGCUUUAUUGGCAUAUUUGAUGCAAUAGCCACCCCUGAAACCUACAGUCAUGAUCUUGUUAUCCUUGACAAAUUAGGCGGUGGCCAACUUGCCUGCGUACACCCUCCACCGGCUGACGUGCCUGCCAAUGUGACGGCGGGUAUGAUCUGGGGUAUCAAUGAUGUUGCGACGCCUGUCUGGAGGGAUUAUGUUACGCCAGCGUUGGAGAGUGGGAAACUUCAAUGUCUCCCACGGCCUACCAUUGUUGGCAAGGGAUUGGAGAGUAUCAACGAGGCAUUGAAGCGCUCGAAGGCUGGUGUUAGUGCGACAAAGCUUGUGAUCGAAUUGUAA